CAAAGCAAAAUCUUUAAUGGAAGACUAGACGCAGUCUUUGCUGAAUGCCGGGAUUGUAGGUCUUUCGAACCUGAUAUGAAUCUUCAAGAGUUCGUGUAUCUAAAAAUUCUGCACAUGCACAAGUGAACGAAUUUCUUUUCCUCUGACGCAAUACUGAUUAUUUACGCAACAAGUGAUUCACUGCCAACUCCACACGCCAUAAAAUGUAUAAGUUACUCGGCAGUUUAAAGACCUACCUUAAGGUGCAGGACAUACAAACGGAUAAUGCCGUCUUCCGUUUGCACAACUCAUUUACGACUGUUUUAUUGCUGACCUGCAGUCUCAUUAUCACCGCCACGCAAUAUGUGGGUCAACCGAUCAGCUGCAUCGUCAAUGGCAUACCCACUCAUGUGGUCAACACGUUCUGCUGGAUACACAGUACCUUCACCAUGCCAGAUGCCUUCAAUCGACAGGUUGGCCGUGACGUAGCACAUCCAGGUGUAGCCAAUGAUUUCGACGAGGAAGAUGCUAAAAAGUAUUACACCUAUUAUCAAUGGGUCUGUUUCGUGCUCUUCUUUCAGUCGAAAUCAACGUGGUCAGCUGAAAUUAAGGAAAGUUGA